AUGAGGGUACACCCAUGGCUGCUCAGUAGCCAUACGGCUCUGCUAUUGAGCACUUUCAGUCCUCUCCGCGUCGGAGCUAGCCCUCCGAUCAACGUAGCUCUGAGAGCUUCAUUCAAUGCACCUCCAUACCUUGUCGAGCUACUAGAGACUGCCGCGCAAGAGAAUGCGACAGCCUACUAUCCCUUGCUUGACCGCAUCGCCGAUGGAUACUUUGAUGGCCAGGCUACCGAGAAAGAGCUAUACGACGCCUUCUUACAGCUGCUACAGGACGAUGCACACAUCACCGAUGCCGAUUCCCUAUCCUCAUUCCAGUUCGCACUCUCGAUACAUUCAGCCGCUCCACGGAUCGAAGCGCACUACCAGUUUUACAACACCUCGGUCGAGCCUUCAUUGAAGGCAGCUCAGGGUGAUGAAUGCGAGGCAUGGGUACUACUCGAGGAGAAGCAAUACUGCCGACCGGAGCUGGACAAGAGCCAUGGCACUGUCGCAGGAGCAAGAACCGAACUCUUGCCCUUUGAUCGCAUUUUGGGCGAUGCUGAGAGACAGAUCCCCUUUAUCCUGUACGCCGACAUCACGUCCCCAAGCUUCCGCGCUUUUCAUAAAACCGUAAGCAAGAGCGCAAAGGAAGGAAAAGCAUCCUACAAGCUUCGCCACAAGCCCUCGAAGACGGCGCAUAAGGGUCCGUUGGACGUCAGCGGAUAUGGUGUGGAACUGGCUCUGAAGCGUACGGACUACAUUGUUAUCGAUGACCGCCAGGCAGAUGAGGCGGGCAGGGAAACCGGCGCAGAGCCUUUGCAGAGUAGCCUCCAAGAUCAAGAGGUGGCCGAUUUGAAACCGCUGUCCGAAUCUGAGUUGAAGGGCCUGGGAUUGAAAGCUGCCAGUUUCGUCAUGAACAGUGAGAACCCUCUGGACACUCUGGUGAAGCUGUCGCAGGACUUCCCGAAGCACUCGUCCGCCAUCAGCGCACACAAUGUGACGAAAGAAUUCCUUGAGGAACACAAGGGAAACCGCGCGGCUAUCCUCCCACCAGGGUUUAACAUCCUGUGGAUCAACGGUGUUCAGAUUAUGCCCCGCGACAUGGACGCUUUUGCCAUGCUCGAGCAUCUGAGGAAAGAGCGUGGAAUCAUUAACAGCGUGCGGAAUCUCGGAUUUUCAUCUCCGGAAGCCAUUUCUGUUUUGUCUCAUAAAGCUAUUUCGGAGGCGUCCGACAAGGAAGAGCCACAGCGCUAUGACUUUAGAGACGAAAUCGAGGGCGGUAAGGUCAUCAUAUGGCUGAACGACAUCGAAAAAGACAAAAGAUACGCUCAGUGGCCUAAGACCCUUCAAGGCCUUCUCCAACCCACUUAUCCCGGCGUCAUUCCUCAAGUCCGCAAAGAUAUUAUGAACACUAUCAUGCCGAUUGAUUUGUCUGAGCCGAAGGACGUAGCAUUGGUUAUUGGCACACUGCAGAGUAUGGUCAAGCGCAAGCUUGCUGUGCAUUGGGGACUGGUUCCAGUCAUGACAUCCCAAGCAGCGGUCGAACAAGCGAAGGUCGUUUAUCAUCUCUUAGACACUUAUGGUUUGAGUGUCGUCAUGAACUACCUGCAAGCCUCGUUGGAAAACCGACAACUCUCCUCUCCUCAUCAGGCGGUCUUUGACAUGGUCAUCAAGGGCGCCAAGUUGCGCCGUGACCGCGUUGCUCGGGACCUGGAGGAAAUUCUUAUGGACGAAGAGGUACAGAAGCAUGUUGAAGCAGCGAACAGCUACCUUACAAGGCUCGGUGCGGAUGCUAGUUCGACGCCGCCCAUGUUCGUUAAUGGUGUCGCGCUUGCUCGUGGUGACGACUGGCUUCAGAGCUUGAGCAUGCGAGUAUCUGCCGAUUUGCAAAUGAUCCAAAAGGCCGUCUAUGAAGGCAGUCUUGAUGACGACGUCUGGGUCCCUUCAGUUUUCUUAAACGAUGCGUCACCCAGACGCAAUCCCUUUGUCAUUCCUGAGGAUGAAAAGGAGAUUAGGUUCUUGAACAUUGCUCAGGUUCAUUCGGAGCAUGGCGCAUUGAUUGAUGGCCUUCCGAAGCUCCCGGCCGAAGAGGACUCCAAAUGGUUCCAGUGGGCUCAGCUUGUUGUCCUUGCAGACCUGAACAACGCAGCUGGCUCUAAAUUGGCAAAGGAGGCCUUUGAAUUCCGUCGCGAACAUGGGGACGUGGAAGUCGUCAUCGUUCACACCGGAAAGUCAAUUCCAGACGCCACUUGGGCUCGCGACAUUGACGAUGCAAGCGGCUUCUUUGCCAAGCUCGUAAACGGGAAGCACAUUGGUUCUGAUGACUUUUUGUCCAACGAAGAAGGCCAGGCAGAAGCUACCAAGUACUGGCAGUCCGUUCACCCACUAAUUCCUGCGCUUGGAUGCAAGGACAGCACAGAGUGCCUUCUGUUGAACGGUCGGACUAUCGGACCUCUUCCCAAGUCUAGAGUCUUCAGCCGGGAGGAUUUCGAGGCUCUGCUUUCCUAUGAGCGGAAGAAGCGCAUCGAACCGGCCGCCCGUGCGGUAAUGGACUUGGAGAUGUCCUCAAAGCUCGAGUCACCUGCUGCCAUCGCACGUUUCAACUCCCUUGUGGCACUGUCGACCGUGUCAGAUAUCCCUGAAGGUAUCUUUGAUGCGCCGCCUACCAUGCGGAGACAGCUCUACAAACUCUGGAACUCGACCUAUACUAGCAUCACUACUGGUGAUGUUGACACUGCAACUAUCCAAAUCGUAGCUUCCAUCGAUCCGGCUUCGGAGGUUGCUCAAAGAUGGAUUCCGAUGCUUAAGGUUUUGUCCCAACUGAACGGUGUUCAUACGCGUCUCUUCCUCAACCCCAAGGAACGCCUGGAUGAACUUCCCGUUAAGCGUUUCUACCGUUAUGUGUUGGACUCUAAGCCAUCUUUUGGCGAGGACGGUUCAUCAAAAACGUCGCAAGCGCAUUUCACUGGUAUUCCAUCUGAGGCAUUGUUGACUGUCGGCAUGGACGUGCGACCCUCAUGGCUGGUAGCUCCAAAGGACUGUAUCCACGAUCUUGACAACAUCAAGCUUAGUACUUUCAAGGGUGUCACUGAGAUUGAUGCCCUCUAUGAGUUGGAAAGCGUUCUCAUCGAAGGACACUCACGCGAUACAACUAUUAGCGCCUAUCCUCGUGGCACACAACUCGACCUCAAGACCGGGUCGAACCCUCGUUAUGCCGACACAAUCAUCAUGGCCAACAUCGGCUACUUCCAAUUCAAGGCAAACCCUGGUCUCUACAGCAUCGAGCUCCAACCAGGCCGCAGCCAGGACAUCUACAACUUCGACAGCGCAGGGACUCAGGGAUGGAACCCAUCUCCUGGUGACGAGACGAAAGAAAUCGCACUCAUCAGCUUCCAAGGUUUAACGCUAUACCCGCGGCUGUCACGGAAGCCUGGCAUGGAAGAGGAAGACGUGCUUAGCCCUACAACCUCAGGCGCCGCAGAUCUUGCUGCCAAGGGUGCUAAGUUUGCUGACGAUCUGCUGGCGAAGAUGGGCAUCAAAGGAGCAAAGACUGGUAAAAUUCUCUCCCAGGGCAUGAAGCUCGGCUCGUCUCUGCUUUCACUCCUUGGCCUAUCUACUGAUACCAAAGCAGCGAAACACGCGGACAUAAACAUUUUCUCCGUCGCCAGUGGUCACCUUUACGAGCGCAUGCUAAAUAUCAUGAUGCUAUCUGUCAUGAAGCACACGGAGCACACUGUCAAGUUUUGGUUUAUUGAGCAAUUCCUCUCGCCAUCUUUCAAGUCUUUCCUCCCCACACUCGCCGAAGAGUAUGGUUUCCAGUACGAAAUGGUCACAUACAAGUGGCCUCACUGGCUGCGAGGCCAAAAGGAGAAGCAGCGCGAGAUCUGGGGCUACAAGAUCCUCUUCCUUGACGUGCUGUUCCCACUGGAUCUGGACAAGGUCAUCUUCGUCGACGCAGACCAAAUCGUCCGCACCGACAUGUACGAGCUCGUGCAGCACGACCUGCAAGGCGCGCCCUACGGCUUCACGCCCAUGUGCGACAGCCGGACCGAAAUGGAAGGCUUCCGGUUCUGGAAGCAAGGCUACUGGAAGAACUUCCUGCGCGGGCUGCCCUACCACAUCAGCGCGCUGUACGUCGUCGACCUGCAGCGGUUCCGCGAGCUGGCGGCGGGCGACCGCCUGCGCCAGCAGUACCACCAGCUGUCGGCGGACCCGAACAGCUUGAGCAACCUCGACCAGGACCUGCCCAAUAACAUGCAGAUGCAACUGCCCAUCCACAGCUUGCCGCAGGAGUGGCUGUGGUGCGAGACGUGGUGCAGCGACGAGAGCCUCCGCGACGCAAAGACUAUCGAUCUCUGCAACAAUCCGCAGACGAAGGAGCCGAAGCUGGAUCGUGCGAGGAGGCAGGUCCCUGAGUGGACGGUGUAUGAUGAGGAGAUUGCGGCGGUGGCGAGGAAGACGAGAGGGAAGGACGAUGCGGAGGCGAGGGCUCCGGUGGGCGAGCGGGAUAGGGAAAUCUUGGAGGAGGAGGUCAGGGGUGCUGAGGGUGAGGAAGAGACCGAGAGAGUGCGUGAUGAGCUUUAG